GGAAGAGGUCCGAAAAGUCUGAGGACAGCAACUAACCGAUAGUAUAUGGACAAGAAGUUGUCUGUGCAGUUGAAUGGAAGCAGAAAGGUGAUAGGCACCUUAAGGGGAUAUGACGUAUGUAUGGGACCACUUUUUAGAGAAGAGAGCCACGGGUGUGUGACGGUGCUACAACUUCUCGUGUGGAUACUCCUACUCGCAGCAUCAUGUACUAACCACCAGGUGUUUUUGAACGUGACUUUGGCAGAUGCCUUGGAAGAACAAGCCGAUGGCGAAAAGCUCAGUAUUGGGACUAUCGUUGUGAGAGGGAAUUCCAUCGUAUCAUUGGAAGCACUUGAGAAAAUCUAAUCUUCUAGCCACCAAGCUUGGGGUGGUACAAGCACAUAAUUUAAC